AUGUGUUUUCCUCCUGGUGUUCUGCGAGAUCCUGAUCUUUGUGCGAGACGGGCAAUACUCUCAACUCUGAAUGUAAACGUCAAGGAGAUCAACGGUCGCAUCCUAGACCUCAUGGACGGGCGCAUUCAUGAGUUGAGAAGCGCGGACACCGUGGACAGAGAAGACGACGACGGGCUGGAUGUGGACGUAAAUCUCCUCAACCAGGCCACUGGCAAAGGAGUGCCAGAUCACGUCCUGCGUCUCAAGGUCGGCUCCGUAUGCUUAAUCAUGAGAAACUUAAAUAUCGGUGAUGGACUCGUGAACGGCACCAAAGUCAUUGUGACGGCGAUCAGCAGCCGACUGAUCACCGUCAGACUUAUCGGCAACACGCAACCUAUCGGAAUUCCCCGGAUUACGUUCAGGUUCGCGUUUGCCGAAGGAUCGCCGCUCCGGGUUUGUCGCCGUCAGUUCCCCCUCAUGUUGGCGUACUGCAUGACUGGUCACAAGAGCCAAGGCCAGACAAUUGAGUACGUCGGAGUCGACCUGAGAACGGACUGCUUCACUCAUGGCCAGCUCUACGUCCUGUUGAGCAGAGUGAGACGUCCAGACGACAUCGUCGUUCUUGUACCAGACGACAGAAUAGUAGAAGGAGUCGCCUAUGCAAAGAAUAUUGUAUAUGACGAGCUCCUUCUAAACACUGAUUAA